ACCUGUGAAGGAUGGAAGCAUAACGGUACCUAGGUACUUAUCUAAGUACUAGAACAAUCCCAAAGUCUUGGAGAAACCUUUAAGCCAUGCUUACGAAUCGGAGAAAAUAGAUACAAGUGAGCUCCAUAUAAAUUGUGUUGGAUAGAAAGUACCCAUGGUAUAUUUUCACUAUUGCUAAGGCUAGACCUAAUCUAGAUUAAGCUCAAAACGCGGUACCUUGCCUAUUUUUCUUUAAACGUUUUAAUCCAAGCUUCUAACCCUUUUUUAUUUUUAUCUUUUUUCUCCCUCUUACCUUACUAUGUAUUAUUGAACGCAGCACAAUAUCAUACAAUGUCCCCGAACGAUUCGACAUUCACGCCUAUUCGUGCAAGAUGGACCACCGAAUUGACGGCGGUUUACAUGGCUAAUUUGGCUGCUUUAACGAACGAGGGUCUGUUCAACUCCCACCGCCCCCAAAUGUGGGCUCCAGCUUGGCCGCGUUUGCUUGAAGCCAUGCAAAAGGCCGACCCUGUUAGGCCCUGGUCUCGGGAACUCAUGAUGCAUAAGCGCAAAUCCGAACGAAGACGCUAUCUUGAAUACCAAGCCCUGGUCAACCAAUUCGCUAACGGCAACGGCGAAGAUGGAAAAGGCUGUCCGAUCUUGUCCGACGAACAAUGGGAAUCGUUUUUACGGAUAUACCCUACAGGAAAAUGGCUGCGUAAAACACCCCUGGGAAAUAAAGAGAUAUAUGCGCGAGCCUUCCCUGCCGAUAAGCCGACAGGGGCUUAUGCUGUAGAGCCAGGGCAGGAGCUUACCCAUUAUGAUCGUGUAGGGACCUCAGUGAAUUCUUUACGAUUUUGUCCAGAGAACCGCCGGGAAAAUCGUCAAGAAAAUCGUCAAGAGACUGACGAAGAAGAUAACGGCGACGAAGGUGUUAAUGGCUUUGAAAGUCGCGAGUCUUCUGGCAAUUUAGCCGUCGAAAACAAUCCAUUACACAAGUCUCUUUAUAGUAAUCGACCAGCUAAAAGGCCUGGGCAACAGGUAGAUCUUGAAUCAUUUGAGAGGGCUUUUCUUGAAUCUAGCUGCCGAAUACAAUCUAGCUUUGGAGUUCGGCGAGCAGAGGGUGCUGACGAUCUUGAAAAGGCCAUCAGGUAUUUUUCUUAUUUUAAUUGUAUAUUUCCAAUGAUAUCUAGGUAAAUAAGAAUUAACAUAUAGAUCCUGAAAGAUUGAUUGUCUAUGCACUUUUAUUGGCUUAAGCGGUGAUCAUCACUUAUACUUCUG